AUGGCAGCUAUCUAUCAGAUCCCCCGGUCGCAAGCAUUAAAUCUCCACCGUAUCGCCAAACGGAGCAACUGGGCAAGCAAGAACCCAGGAGUUGUGCUGGUGUUUUGUAUCGUCUUCCUGGUCGGACUUGGGAUCGUCUCCCUGUUUAUCUACCGCCGCGUGUUGCAGAAGAAAGCAGAGAAGGAAAAGUUCGAAACAUCCGAGGGAUCCUAA